CAUGCAAAGAGAUCGAACCCGGGGCCAUUCGUGUGUAAGCGGUGUAUUAUUGCAGAUACUUGCGUAGUAGUCACAAAGAAUCGCAUUGUAUAAGACCAAAGUCCACUAAAAAGCCCUGUGUCAGACUCGCAAAUCGCCAUAGACCGAUCACUCUCCAUGCCGAACGUGCGGGCAAUCGCCAAAGUUUAUUAUCCGUUGGCGAAAUGUGCUAAAUUCGUACCGACCGGGCUAGAAACCAAACCAGUAUAGUGUUUUAAAAGUGAGUAGGGUUUCGAGUUGAACUUACUCCCAAAAAGGCAGAAUGACUGGAUCAGUCCACGAUCCGAAAUGGAGCCUGGAGCGCCGUGAGUCCUCCGGUCAUUUGGUGUGGCGCAAGGAUUCUCCGGAGUCGAAAGUCCGGUUUCGCUUCGACGUCGAGGUCCUGGAGUUCGAGAAGCAUCCCCACGAGGAGUUAGAGGACAAGGAGGACCACUUCUCCAUCACAAGUCUCUCGGCGACGGUGGCCAUGUGUGCCACCUGUGUGGCCGUGGUUGCCGCCUCCGUAUUCCUGCCCUGGUAUUUAAUGGAGAAAGUGGGAUCGCUCUGAGGAAACGAAGCCCAAAAGCACAGACUUCUUGUAUAUAGGUACCUUGACGGUAUUAAGUAGACUCUUGUACAUAAACAAGCGUAGAUUUAUCUAUUUGUAAAUAGUACGUACGUUGUAAAUAGACUCUAAACGCAGACUAUGUGGUUUUUAUAAAGUUAGAGUUUGAAAAACUCUUUGUGCAAUAAGAGUGACUGCUAAUGCCAAACUACGGAAUGUGGAUUGUAUUUUAGGACGUGUAAAAUUCUCUUAAGUUUAGUCAUAUGGAAUAUCACAAAGAUAGUUAAUGGAAUAAACGAAAUUACUUGCCCUUUAAAA